UUAUAAUUUCGCUAAUGAUAUUAUGUUAAUACGAUCUGUAUGACCCUUUAAAGCUAUGUCAUUUUUUUCAGUCUCUGAAAAGGAUCAGGUGACAGGAGAGAUCAGCGUGAGGGCGACUUGUUUCAGAUCUACGAGGAAGACAGAGAAGCCAUAGUUUGAGAAUUACAUUAAAGGACUCCAAACCUGUCAUACUGUCCCAGUGUAGCUGUUCCUGUGUUGCUGGCACAGCACGGUGCAACCAUAUUGUUGCACUAUUGUACCAGACUGCACAUUACUCUCAGCUUGGCAUCAGUGCAGUUCCUCCAGUUCGCAGCUGUACUGAAACUGAGCAGAGCUGGCACAAACCACGAACAAUGGGAGUCCGGCCAGGUCCUGUCAGUGGGAUGGUGGUUAUAUCUGCACGACCUAAAGAAAGGAAACUCGCAGAUGGCUUAAGGAGUACCUUGUGUAAAGGUGUUUCCAGCGACUUGCCUGACCUCUCAGUCCUGCAAGUGGCAGAGGUGUAUAAGGACUUUACCAGCACUACAGCCCCUUUAGUCACCACAAUGGGGAUGUCCAGUGAUGAUUGGAUGGUGGAUUCUGCUUUCGGUAAAGUUCAGGCUGGGAGUGUUCUGUCAUACCAACAGCCAGCAGCAACAACACGCAACGUUACUCCCCAUCAAGAUGCCCCACCACCACCACCUCUGCCUCUAGAUGGUUACAACCUUGACCCAUCUGUGUGCUUAUUUGUACAUAGCAAACAUGAACUACUGCACAUGAAGUCACUGGCAAUAACUCUGGAAACGGCACACAAGAUUCAGCAUGCCACCAAAGACCAGAGUGCUUCGAUGGAUUGGCACUCCGUUAGAAAGCCACGAGUAACAUCGUCACGAUUUGGAGAGGUUUGCCAUGUAAGGGGGCAGAGCUCUGCUGAACACUUGGCUGAAAGAAUCCACAAGGGAACACAGCAGACAUGAAGAGAGGCCUUGAACUGGAAUCUGCAGCGGUGGAGGAAUACUGUCUGUUGCGUGGAGUGAACUUCUACGCUUGUGGAUUCUUAAUUCACCCAGAUGCACCUUGGCUUGGCUCCUCUCCUGAUGGUAUCGUUUACGACCCCACAGAGCACCAGGUUUUGACUGCCCUUACCUGAAGCUGCAGAAUGGCACACCAGAGCUAAAACAACAGCAUGCUUAUUACUGGCAAGUGCAAGGUCAGAUGCUGAUCUCGGGAUUGGACUGGUGUGAUUUUGUGGUGUACGCACAGGAUGACAUGAUGAUCCAGCGCAUCUACAAAGACUGCAGAAUGUUUAAAACUAUUAGAAAGAGGGCUGACCAUUUCUUUUUUAUUUCUA